GGCGCCAUGCCGAAGUCGAAGCGGGACCGCAAAGUCUCCCUGACGCAGACACCCAGGAAGGGAUUGGAAGCCAAGCAGGCGCUGAUCACUGAGCUGCGGCGAUGUGUGGACACCUACAAGUACAUCUUUGUCUUCUCCGUUGCCAACAUGAGGAACAACAAGCUGAAGGACGUCCGGAACGCCUGGAAGCACAGCAGGAUCUUCUUCGGAAAGAACAAAGUGAUGAUGGUGGCGCUGGGCCGUGAGCCGAGCAGCGAAUACAAGGAGAAUCUGCAUAAGGUCAGCAAGCACCUGAGAGGUGAAGUUGGUCUCCUCUUCACUAACCGUACCAAGGACGAGGUGGAUGAGUGGUUCUCCAAAUUCAAAGAGGUGGACUUUGCCCGUGCAGGGAACAAGGCAACAUACACAGUAAGCCUGGACACGGGGCCUUUGGAGCAGUUCCCCCACUCCAUGGAGCCUCAGCUACGGCAGCUGGGAUUGCCCACAGCCUUAAAGAAAGGAGUGGUGACGCUGCUUUCAGAUUAUGAAGUCUGCAAAGAAGGAGAUGUUCUCACCCCUGAACAAGCCCGUGUUCUGAAACUCUUCGGCUACGAGAUGGCAGAGUUUAAAGUCACCAUCAAAUUUCUAUGGAAUUCUGAGACUGGAGACUUCCAGAAGCUUGUGGGAAACACAUCAGAGGAGGAGGAGGAGGAAGAAGAGGAAGAGGACAAUGAUGAUGACAGCAAUGAGGACUAGCAGCAGUCCUUGUACUUGGACACCACUUUACUUCAGAGACAAAAAGAGGAGGAUGUUUCCCUUCUCCAUUUGCACCAUGACAAGGACGAUCACCCCAGAUCAGCUUUUCAGCAGAUGAGCUAAUUAUGGGAUUUUUU